AUCUGAAACCAGAGGGCUGCACUGCUGCCUUCUUCCAGCCUCUAGUACAGCACAGUGUAUUGACACACUCGCACCCCAUCAGUCUGUGCAAGUUCAGGGACAAUCCAGGGCUGAUCUCGAUUGCAGCCUGUGGGCACUGCUAGGACAUGGCUCUACUGUAUGUUCACUGACGUUUGCAGCGUGGGGUGACCGACAAAGGGAACUGAAACCAAGUUUUCUCUCAUGGGAGUUUUUCAUGUAACCUGCCUUGUAACUGCACGGAACUGAUCUUUCAGAAAUAGUUUUUUGCCUCAACAACUGCCUGUUUUGUGAAUUACCAUUUUACUGGUGGAUACCUGUGUAGAACCACUGCAGAUUAGGAUCGGAGCAGAAAUCAGAAGGAAAAGUCAAUCAGCUUGAUAAUGGAUGACUAUAAUGUCCCUGUGCACAGUCCUCAUAUUAGCCAAGCCCAGCAGAAUACAAUUAAGUGUGGAUGGCUUCGGAAGCAAGGAGGAUUUGUCAAAACUUGGCACACGCGAUGGUUUGUCCUCAAGGGAGACCAGCUGCAUUAUUUUAAAGAUGAAGAUGAGAUGAAACCUUUGGGUACAAUUUUCUUGCCAGGGAACAAAGUGGUAGAACAUCCGUGCAAUGAAGAAAGCCCAGGAAAAUUUCUGUUCGAAGUAGUUCCAGGGGGGGACCGUGAGCGGAUGACUGUAAACCAUGAGACCUACCUUCUUAUGGCCAGCACCCAAAAUGACAUGGAAGACUGGGUGAGGUCCAUCCGCAGAGUUAUAUGGGCACCAUUUGGAGGAGGCAUAUUUGGGCAGAAAUUGGAAGACACAGUACAUUAUGAGAAGAGAUAUGGGACACAUCUUGCUCCCAUGUUGGUAGAACAGUGUGUGGAUUUUAUCAGGGAGCAAGGGUUAAUGGAAGAAGGUUUGUUUAGACUGCCUGGCCAAGCAAACCUGGUCAAGGAAUUACAAGAUGCCUUUGACUGUGGAGAGAAGCCAUCGUUUGACAGCAACACUGAUGUCCAUACAGUAGCAUCACUUCUAAAACUGUACCUAAGGGAGCUACCGGAGCCUGUCAUUCCUUAUUUAAAGUAUGAAGAUUUCAUUUAUUGUGUGAAACACCUGAGCAAAGAAGAGGAAUUGGGAAUGGCAGAGUUAGUCAAGCAAGUGAAGAGCCUACCACCAGUGAAUUAUAAUCUUCUGAAGUACAUUUGUAGGUUUCUGGAUGAAGUUCAGUCAUACUCUGGAAUCAAUAAAAUGAGUGUACAGAAUCUAGCUACAGUGUUUGGCCCUAAUAUUCUUCGCCCAAAAGUUGAAGACCCCAUGACUAUAAUGGAGGGUACUGUAGUUGUCCAGCAGCUGAUGGCUGUUAUGAUAAGUCAGCAUGAAAUGCUAUUUCCUAAAGAUGACGAUAACCCAGUUCAAGUUGAACACGAGCUCAGCAACAACGAUAUACAAAAGAAAAUUGUAUUAGGUCAGAUUCAGAACAGAGAGAAUAACAACACUAAAGAUACUGCUGUAAAAAGGUGCUCAUGGGAAAAAAUUGAAACUUCACAAAAGUCUAAUGUUGAUAAUGGUUCCCCUACUGCUCUGCCUGGGAGUAAAUCAAGCAGUCCAAGAAAUAGCAUUCACAAACUUGAUGUCACAAGAAGCCCACCACUGAUGGUAAAAAAAAAUCCAGCAUUUAACAAAGGCAGUGGAAUUGUAACCAAUGGAUCUUUCAGUAGCUCAGUUGAUGUCCAUGAUAAACAUCAUUCUUUAACUAAUGGAACAUUACAGUCUAGAUCAUCUCUAAAAAGCUCUGGUACUAAAAUGGGUACCCACAGUGUACAAAAUGGUGCAGUGAAAAUGGGUGUUUCAAGCACAGAUACACUUAGCCAUUCUUUAAACACUCGAACCACAAGCUGGUUGCCAAAUGGUUAUGUUACAAUGAGAGACAAUAAACAAAAGGAUGUAAACAAUGAAUCUGUACAGCAACACAGAUUAUCUACCUAUGAUAAUGUUCAUCAACAGUCCUCCUUGGCAAACUCUGAUGACAAACAAAGCAUUGACAGUGCAACUUGGUCUACAUCGUCCUGUGAAAUUUCCCUUCUGGAAAAUUCCAUCUCUUGUCGCUCUUCUACAACUACCUGUCCAGAGCAGGAAUUUUAUGGGGGAAAUUUUGAGGAUCCCGUUUUAGAUGGGCCACCUAAUGAGGACACUACUAAUCCCACAGAUUUUGAAAGCAAAUUUGACAGAAGAAGUGCUGGUGGUCGUAGCAGUAGAGCAACCAGCAGCAGUGACAACAGUGAAACCUUUGUUUUAAAUAAUACCAGCAGUCACAGUGCUCUUCAUAGCCUUGCAUCCAGUUUAAAGCAGGAGAUGUCAAAACAAAAAAUGGAGUAUGAGACAAGAAUAAAAAGCUUAGAACAAAGGAAUGUCACUCUUGAGACAGAAGUGCUGAGCCUGCAAGAGGAGCUAGACCAGGAAAAAAAGAAAUACACAAUGGUAGAAAUAAAAAUGAGGAAUGCUGAACGUGCCAAAGAGGAUGCUGAGAAAAGAAAUGAUAUGUUGCAAAAAGAGAUGGAGCAGUUCUUUUCCACCUUUGGGGACUUGACAGUGGAACCCCGUAGACCAGAUGGAGGGAACACAAUAUGGAUCCAGUAAAGUGAAUUAUUAUGUAGCACAAGAAUCUGUUGAUUUUUAUGGGAAGAGUUUUAAUCAGGUGGCUGGUCACCUGAGGAGGCUAGCAACUAAUUGCCAUUAUUUUGAAAGGGGUAAAUAAUUAGGACAAUGCAUCACAUUAUCAGCAGAAACUAUGUAACAGGGUCAAUUAUACUAUUGUAUACUCCAUAAUCCUACUAUCAAGUGUUUCAACUGGAUAUGUGUAUAAAAGUGUUAUGUCGUUUAAAAAUAAAAUUAAUUAUAAUAAUACAAGUCUUGUAAGAAAACCGGCAGAUUGAAAUGUUGUUGCAGUCAAGAUUUAUAUGAAGUCUAUAUAUCCUUGCACUUAAUAUAUACAUAUAUAUAUAUAUAUAUAUAUAUAUAUAUAUAU